AUGGAUAACAGCUUACUCGACCCUCUUCUUGACCUGGAGGAGAAACUCUACAAGGAAGGCUAUGAUCUAGGUGUCUCAGAUGGGAUUGAAGCUGGAUAUACCGAAGGCAGCGUCUUUGCUGUUGAAAAAGGCUUUGAAAAAUUUUUGGAAAUAGGCAGGCUAUACGGUAAAGCCUUGGUCUGGGCCCACAGACUUGUUGAUUCUGAUCCCUCUAAAAACCGAAUCAUCGGGGACAAAACUAAAGAAGAAUGUCCUGCUCCCAAUGGUAAGGCAAUUGAAGGCCUCUAUUUUUCUUCGGGACCGUCUGCCUGUGGUGGGAUGCCGAGUCUUCCUCAAAGCUCAAGAUUGGCUAAGAAUAUCUACACCUUGCUGGAAUUGGUGGAUCCUGCAACCCUUGCUAUGGAAAACACGGAAGAUGCAGUCUCUGAUACAGAGGAACGCUUGAGGGGUGCAUUGAUAAAAGCAAAACUUAUCCAACGUGUCCUUGGGGAGCGCGAGGAUACUUCGGAUAUUCACCCAGACGCGAGAGAGACUGCAACUGGAGAUGGAACAGGGAGCAUCGAAGAUAUCAGUUCCUUGACCAUCCGGCAUUAA